AUGUUGUCUUCGUUUGUUACUGCAGUUGCCCUCGCGGCAUCCAUCUCGAAUGUCGCUGCUGGUCCUAUCCGCCACGCCUCCCGCGGAUAUGCCCAGGACGCAGACAUCCUCGAAGACUACACUCCCUAUCACAUCCGUUAUCUCGCUCUUGGUUGCUCGGGAGGACACGGAAGCCCGUUCUUUGAAAAGUGCUGCCACCCUCUUCUCCGUUGGCAGAAGCUCGAGGACCGCCCGGCCGAGUGCAUUCCCUCUCCUUCCGCUUCUUCCUCUGCCGUUCUGGCCGAGCCCACUGCGUCUCCCAUCGAUGAGGACCCCGUUCCGGACUACGACGAUGACUGCAGUGAGGAUGAACCCACCUCAGCUGCCCCUGCCCCUUCCCCUGCUCCAGUGACUUCUAGCACGUACAUCGCACCCGAGCCUACCACUCCUAAGCCGGAGCCAACCAGCACCUCGCAGCCCUCGUCUACCAAGGAGCCCGAGCCUGAGCCUACCAAGGAGCCUGAGCCCGAGCCUACUACAACCAAGAAACCUGAACCCACCAAGGAACCUGAGCCCGAGCCUACUUCUACUAAGACUACCAAGUCGGCCGAGCCUGAGCCUACCCAGGGAUCUGGUGGAGGAGAGGUAAUUGAGGGUGGAUUCGCCACUUUCUUCACCCAGAAUAAUAAUGCGGGAGCAUGCGGGGACGUCCAUGGGGAUUACGACAAAGUUGUUGCUCUCGACUACCGCCGCUAUGGCCCUCUCAAUCAGAAAUCGGAGCACUGCGGCAAGUUUGUCCAGAUCACUAACAUCAACAACGGCAAAUCUGUUAGGGCCAAGGUUGCCGAUGCUUGCCCAAGCUGCGUCAACGGGAACUGCUUGGACCUCUCACUCGGCACCUUCAACGCGAUUGCUACGGAGAGCGAGGGCAUGGUUCCUAUCAAAUGGACCUUCGUCUAA